CGAAUAUAAGCCCUAGCCGCGUCGAAACAGAGAGUAUUAUACAUUUCAGAGGAACAGUUCACUUCUUCUUUUCUACUUGUGGGUUUAGAGAAAGAUGAAACCUUCUCAAAAGAGAGCUCGCAAACUCAAAACACAAUCAGCCGAAAACGCCACCGGCGAAGUCAAAGAAGCUUCCGUCACACACCUGACCGAAUCUCCGUCCCCUGAGCCUCCCGAAACCAACCCAUCUCCGCCGCGACUCAACCGUGGGAGAGGCAAAAAGCGCCGACUGAGCAACAACCCAUCCGAAACCACCGAGCAGCAACGCGGCGGCGUAGUCAGCCAGAGGUCGUCUCUUCCUCACCACCACCACUCUGAUUGCAACAACAAUGGGACGACUGUUUCAGCGGCAGCAACAGCGGAAUCCACACCUGCUGCUCCGAGCUGGGAGACUGUCGUGAAAGUUGUGCCUUCGAUGGACGCUGUGGUGAAAGUCUUCUGCGUCCACACUGAUCCUAACUUCUCCCUGCCGUGGCAGAUGAAACGGCAGUACAGCUCCGGUAGUAGCGGCUUCAUCAUCGGAGGAAGAAGGGUCUUGACGAACGCUCAUUCCGUUGAGCAUCAUACUCAAGUUAAGCUCAAGAAGCGUGGCUCCGACACUAAGUAUCUAGCUACGGUAUUAGCCAUUGGAACUGAAUGCGACAUUGCAUUGUUGACGGUUAGUGAUGAUGAGUUUUGGGAAGGAGUGUCUCCUGUGGAGUUUGGAGAUCUACCAGCUUUGCAAGAUGCUGUAACUGUUGUUGGUUAUCCGAUUGGUGGAGACACUAUCUCCGUCACGAGCGGUGUUGUUUCUCGGAUGGAGAUACUGUCUUAUGUACAUGGCUCGACAGAGCUUUUGGGGUUGCAGAUUGACGCGGCUAUAAACUCUGGGAACUCUGGUGGUCCAGCGUUUAACGACAAGGGGAAAUGCGUGGGGAUUGCGUUUCAGUCGUUGAAACAUGAAGAUGCUGAGAACAUUGGUUAUGUCAUACCAACGCCUGUGAUUGGACAUUUCAUUCAAGACUAUGAGAAGCAUAAUAAGUACACAGGGUUUCCUGUGAUUGGGAUUGAGUGGCAGAAGAUGGAGAAUCCAGAUUUGCGUAAGAAAAUGGGAAUGGAGUCUCAUCAAAAGGGGGUGAGGAUAAGGAGAAUCGAGCCUACUGCCCCGGAGUCACAGGUUUUGAAGCCAUCUGAUAUCAUCCUUAGCUUUGAUGGAGUUAAUAUUGCUAAUGAUGGAACUGUUCCAUUUAGGCAUGGAGAAAGAAUUGGGUUUAGCUAUCUUAUAUCUCAGAAGUACACUGGAGAUUCUGCUCUUGUGAAGAUCCUGCGUAACAGAGAGAUUCUUGAGUUCAACGUAAAACUUGCAAUUCACAAGAAGCUAAUCCCUGCACACAUAAGUGGCAAACCUCCUUCUUACUUCAUCGUUGCUGGCUUUGUUUUUACUACAGUCUCUGUUCCUUAUCUUCGCUCUGAGUAUGGAAAAGAAUACGAGUAUGAUGCACCUGUCAAGCUUUUGGAGAAACAUCUUCAUGCAAUGACUCAAUCCGUGGACGAGCAACUUGUUGUAGUUUCACAGGUUCUUGUUUCUGACAUUAACAUUGGUUAUGAGGAGAUUGUCAAUACCCAGGUUGUUGCUUUCAAUGGCAAACCUGUGAAAAACUUGAAAUGUUUGGCUGAGAUGGUGGAGAAUUGUGUGGAUGAAUACAUGGAGUUUUAUCUUGAUUAUCAUCAGAUUGUUGUUCUGCAAACUAAGACUGCAAAAGAGGCAACUUUAGAUAUUCUGACCACACAUUGCAUACCUUCUGCUAUGUCUGAUGAUCUUAAGACUUGAAUAAGAAACCGAAACAGUGGCAGCCAUAAACAAAGCAUGUAAGGAGGAGAGAUUUUGCACCAUGGAAGGCACACAAAAGCAAAUACAGUCAUGGAAGACAAGCUUUAAAAGCUCAAACCAUAUCUUUUGUCUUCUUUGAUUUUUGUUUUGAAUUCGACUUAUUUGAUCAACAAAAGAUGAGAGUCAAAAUCGUAAAAGAGUAAAACGCAUGCAAAAACAAAAUGGUCUCUAAUCUCAUUUGGUUCUCUGCAAAGCGUACAAGUUUGUAUGACACCCAAUUGUCUACAAUGUUAUAAAAGCAUAUUAGGUAGAAUAGAUGGGGUGAACCAUACUAUCUUAUGCCAUCAUGCUUGCUACACGUUAUCGUUGAGUUCGAAUCAGGUCUCAUGUCUUUGUCUAAAAAGAAGAACAAAAUCUCUUUAAAUUCUACUCGAGCAUUAGAGUUUCGAAUCUUUCGAUAUAAAGAUCUUCCUUACGAGGUUAAUGAAUCAAGUGGAACAAAUACAGUAUAAACUUUAUCAAGUAUAUUAAUAUUGAAUAAACACAAUAAAUUAUAACUUUCGUGUAAAAUAUGAAGUAGUUCGGUAAGAUAAUAAACUAAUAAUAUUAAAAGUUGUUACCUAAAUAUAUGGUUAUAUUAAUAAUUAGUAUAUGUUUAAAUUUUAUAUAACAUAUAACACAACAUUUUAUCAUUUUUUUCUUCAAGAUAAAUUUCAUCUCUAAUUUUAUUUGUUCAUUUUAAUAUGUUGAUAUUACUUUAUCGAAUUACAUAUAAAACACAUUUGUAUUCUACCAUCUGCAUUACACAUAUAUAAAAUAUUUAAAUAAUCUAAUAAAAAUAAAUGAAAUUCAAAUUUAUCAAAUCUAACUAAUGGAGUAUAUAUUAUUGUGAAAUAAAUAUCUUUUUUAAUUUUAAAUAAAAUAUUUUAAAAUAUGUAAAACUACUUUUUCUGUAACAAUUUUAUAGAUUAUUAAAUUGCAUUAAUCCCAUUAUUAUUAAUUUGUAAAGUUUUUAAUGUGUGUCUCAUUUUAAAAUAUAUCUCUCUCUCACUUAAUGAUGUUGGUGUUGGUGAUGUUAUGACUUGCUUUCAGUUUCAGGCUAAUCCAUUUAGAGAAAUUUCGUUGUGGUACGUAAUCAAUUUUUUUGUAGUUAAACUAUAGAUUACAAAACCUAAUUUUAAGAAAUUAAACACGGAUGUUAAUAGUGUGUAAAUCAUACGGAUCGUUGGGAAUAGUUCUAUUGCUUAAAGUCAGUACUUAAGUUUAAACAAAAGUUUUUUUUGCCGAAGAAAUUUUUUGUUAAACAACGAGGUUUUCCUAGGGCCGGAGAAAAAGGCCGAUUACUUAAUAAUCUUUUCAGGUUGUCAAGCAUACUCAAAGUAGAAUUUUUUUUUUUAUAAUCCUUAUCGGCUAAUCUGGUCAGCCUCAAGAGGAACACACUUAGUGAUACAUAGUGCACUGACUACCACACUGCAUGACCAGAAUUUGGAAUACUUUCCGACUAAUGUCAGGAAGUGAACCGAUCAUCUAUUAUGAUCUACUAUGUAAAUCAUUUGGGCUGAAACUCAGACUGACCAAGUAAUGAUUAUUUAGUUCCCAGAGAGAAUCGAACCUAGAACUAAUGUGGAUACACACGAAGCUCCAAAAGAUUACCAUUAGGUUACCACCACUUGGUUAACUAGAAAUUUUUUGCACAAAUGUUUCUAAUCCUUUCUAACUGAGCCAGCUCAUCUGGUUAAAAUCAACAAAAAAAUUCUAAUAUCAUCUACAUAAAAUACAUGGUUUAAAACUCUAACGAUAACGACUAUUCACUUAACGACUAUUCACUUAUCCUAAUUCUACGGUAUGCAGUUCUGAACUCGUUGUAGUUCUCCUACUUAGGGUAUGACUGAUUUCCUCGCUACCACCCACAAACACAGUUUUUAUAAUUGGUAGCGGUUAUUAGUGUUUUGCAACAAGUAAACAGACUAUUAAUUUAAAAUAUAUAAAUUAUUUUAUUUGUGUAUCACACAUGACCGAAUGUAGUAAUCAAUAGUCCAAAACUUAAGCAUACAUAGUACACGAUAUUUGUGUAUCACACAUGAACUAAUUUAGUAAUCAGUAGUCCAAAACUUAAGCAUUCAUAAUAUAAGAUAUUUGUGUAUUCACACAUGACCUGAUGUGUAAUCAAUAAAGUCCAAAACUUAAGCAUACAUAGCACAAGAUAGACAGGGACGGGGACCAGUUUUCAAAUGGAUACAAAUUUUUUUAAAUAAAUCUACUGAAACUAUGUUCCAAAAAAAAAAAAAAAAAAAAAAAAAA